AUGGUUGUGUUGGACAGUGGUCAUCUAUCACUGCAAAAAACCACAUGCCAUGAGGAUACAUUUAUUUUUUGCUCCUCAGAUGACAUAAAGAAAGUUCCUGUUGUAGAAAUCAGUAGGCCUUUCACAGAAUCAACAGAGGCAGGCAGUGCUGUGCUGGAGUGUGUUGUAAGAAAUGUCCCAUCUGGUGAGGCCUGUGUCAUCUUCCAGGCAAAUGGUUUAAAGAUCUCAGAAGUCAAUUGUUUUGAUUUGACCCCUUCUGAAAGCAUUCGUUCCCUUACCGCACACUUCACAAUACCUAGUGAGCACCAAAAGAAAGAAAACAUCUUUACCUGUAAAGUUCACACAAGUUUCAUUAAACAGUGGGAAUCAAACCACACUGGAAACCUUUUUGAUGAUCCUACUAUAGAGCUCUCGGUUGUUACCAGUGUGGGUCAGUCUAGUUCACAGCUUCAGAAACUAGUGUGUACUGGGGCAGGAUUCGAGCCAAAGAUCAGAUGGCUCUCAAAAUCUAAGGAGAAAACUGGCACAGUUGUAGAUUUCACAAUAAGGAAAGAUGGACGCAUGAAAGUGUACAGUGAGAUAUUGGUGCAACAGCAAGAGUGGAGUCAAGGGGUGGCUUACACCUGUGAAAUUGUUGAUCGGCACAAUGUGAAAACUGCUGAAACCAGUGUUUGUUCAGUGAUUGCACAUUCCAGUCAGCUGGCAGAUGUCUACUUACUGGGUCCCUCCCUCAGUGAUGUGAGAUAUGGGACAGAUGUGACUUUGACCUGUUUGGUUAUUGGACAAGGUGUCAAUUUCUCCAUCAAAUGGAAAUUGGAUGGAAAUUUUUCCAAUUUCCGUGAAUACACACAAGGCCCUGAAGAUCAUGCAAAUGGGACUCAAAGCAUGAAGAGAAUUUUGAAGGUUCCAGUCAGAAUAUGGCAUGCAUACACUCUUUUUACCUGUCAAGUUAAACACUUGUGCUCUGGCAACCUACAGCAGCAGAACAUCUCAAAAAACAGAGACCCCAAACAACCCACUGUCAGAAUCCUGAGACCCUCCGACAAUGAUCUCUCUGGAUCCGAAGAUGUUAGCCUUCUAUGCUUCAUCACUGGUUUCUUCCCAUCUGAUAUUUCUGUGCAUUGGCAACUAAAUGGAACCCAACUGGAUGUGUCUCGCUUUACUAACAGUCCUGUGGUUGCUCACACUGCAAGAUAUUAUUCAAUGCACAGUGCCCUAAUACUGCCUGCAUCACAGUGGACGGAAGGCAUAUACUCCUGUGUUGUUUCUCAUGAGUCAUCCAAAGAUUCAAUUAUUGCCACUUUGGAGAACUUGUAUGCUUCAUUGAUCUACUCAGCUCCAUCUGCAAAGCUGCUGCAGGGCUCUAAUGAGCUGGUGUGUCUGGCAUUUGGCUUCAGCCCAUCUGCCAUCAAAUUCACAUGGCUGCUGGGCAUGACUGAGCUGUCUGGCCAUACUGUCACCAGCCCUGCAAAAGGCCCUGAUGGAAAAUUUUGGAUCCAAAGUCAUCUGAAACUCUUACCUUCAGACUGGGCACCUGGAGAAGUGUAUUCAUGCAGGGUCACCCAUAUUUCUGAUACCCUGUUGAUUAACAUCUCAAAGCCAGGUGGAGGACCACCGCCAACAGAAUUGUCAGACACUACUAAACUGGUCCAAGACAUCCUUGGGGCGGACUCACCUGUCCUGGCUGGCAUCACUGGCGGCUUAGAGAGUGAAGCGACUCAACCAGAGGAAUAUAACACGGAACCUUUCCAGCAAUCAAAGCAGCUUCAACACCGACAGAGUACGCCAAACCAGGCAGCAAAAAAGACGCAAAUACCCUCUCCAGCCUCUACAAGAGAAGAAGUGCUGGAACUGCAGAGAGACGUCAUAGGCUACAGCUCAAAGAAGAGAUCGAAAAACUUAAAAAGGAGAAGGAAAAUCAAGACAUUUACAACAUCAUUCUUAAUAACAAACUUUUGCAGCUACAAAGUGAAGGGAAAAUAACAAUCACAUAAAUUGACGAAUAAAUACAUUUUAUGACAGAUCUGAAAAGUUUUGUAUUUAUGUAAUUACAAGGACAGAUAUAUUAACAAAAUACCAAUAAUAAUAGCAAAAUACAAUAUAGCUAAUACAUUCAUAUAUAAUAUUAAUACUAAAUAGCACUAGCCUAUAAAUUACAUUACAUUAAAUUGCAACUGCUAGCCUAUAGGCCUACAUAUUGUAUCAUUUAGAACCGAAGUGCUAUAAGCAACUGAAGCACAGAGGGUGGUUGCGCUGGGUAACAUGGUCAAGGUCGCCUUCCAGUUUGUCAGCAAUUUCAUAAAUUCCGCGGCGAUCAAAUCGAUAUUCUCGAAGCAGUUUUUCAUCGCUAAGAUGGUCCAAAGGGUUCUCCCUAUCCCUAAAAAUUCUUCUUGGCACAUAAUGAUCUUCAGUUGGUUCCAUAAAUUCAGCCAUGUCGUCUUAUUUUUGUCUGCGUUACUCUUAAGGUAAAGUUUUCCUAACCUUAAACUUAGGAAAAUGACAGUUAAGGGGCUUUAUGCAACACUUAACGGUUUUUAAGGGAUUACUUAAGUAAAAGAUAGACACCUAAGGGUAAUUCUAAGGGUGUAUGAUGUUUCAGUAAAAAGAAACUUAAGUCAAACUUAAGGGUUUUUUUCUGCAACACCCUUAGGUUUAAGGGAAACAUAAGGGCGAACUUAAGGGAAAAUUACACUUAAGGUGCUUUAUGCAACCGGGCACAGGACCUCAGUUUAAAGUGUCAUCCAAAAGUAUAGUGACCCCGUCACUAUACGGAGUCAUUAGGACCCACACAGACCACAGGGUGAGCACCCCCUGCUGGUCUCCCUAAUACAUCCAGGUAUUGGCCAGCCUCAACCCUGCUCAGCUUUAGUGAGCAACCAGGCGAGAGCUGCAGGGUGAUAUGGCUGCUUAUGCACAUUUGACAAUUGUACUUACUCUUUUGCACACAUAUGCUAAAACACGUGCAAUUUGCUUAAAUUAAUAAGAAAUUAAAAUCUGGUGUGAACAAAAAACUUCAGUUCAGAGAUCUGAAAUAUUGUUUUGAAAACAAGAAUACUCAUUGGAGAAUUGAGCCACAGCGAUUUAGAAAAACUGUAAAAGUAUGUAAGACAUGUGAUGAAACAAUCCAAGUAUUAUCUUUCAAGCCUAGUGACAAAGGAAAAGUGAAGCCAGUAUGCUUGUGGUAAACUCUGUAAUAGAUUUCAGAUGAAGUGUGGUGAGGUUAAAGUCCAAGAAUGUGCAGUGACAUGUAAACUUUCAUCAGAUAAAUGUUCUUUAUUAUGGACAAUAUUAAUAAGGAAACCAGUCUGCUGCUUUUUUUGUUGUUAAAAUGUUUUUGUUGUAGAAAAAUGUGCACUUAUUAUUUCCUUGGUUUGCUCUAUACAGAAAUAUUCGAAGAGGCUAUAUUUGUUAAUGACAACAAACAUGAAGAUGUGGCACAGGACAGUGUAGAAGAUUCCUGGAAUAUGGCCUGUGCCUUCCUCAUCCUCUUCCUCUUUUCCCUAAUUUAUGGGAGCA